AUGGAGCUCUCUCCAGACGAGAAGAAACGCGUCGCGUACAUCGAACAAAGAUUAACUUCUUUGAAAAUUCAAUUAGGGAAGUUAGAACAAUAUUUGGAGGGUCUAAGUCCUGAUCCUGCAAAUGCUAAGAUGCGUUUGGACAGUUUAUCAUCAUUUUACGAGGCUUGUCUCAAAUACAACGAGGAGUUAAUUUCACUCCAACCAGGAAAUCCUCAAGUAAAUAUCUUUUUGGAGGUCGAGUCUCGGUAUUUCGAAGCUGCCGGUUCCGUUACAAAAUUACAACGAGUCGAGCAUUUUUUGAGUUCCACUCUAAACAGUAGCAACAUUACGAUAACAGAACGACAGGAAUUGCCUAAGCUCCCAAAAAUUAAAAUCCCCACUUUUGACGAUGUCAGCGACGCAGUGAAGUGCAGUCAACUUUUUGACUCUCUCACUGAUUCCGCGCUUAAGAAAGUAAGCCAAUGUGAUCCCAGCGAUAAAGAUUAUCCGAAGGCUUGGAAGACACUUUUGGAGUUUUACGAUCACAAGCGCAUUGUGGCAGUAGAACAUUUGAACGCUCUUCUAGAUCUUCCUCGGUGUACCAAAGCUUCGGCUGACGAAUUGUCAUCGCUCUUAGAUGAAGCUCGUCAGCACCUGCAUAUUUUAGAAGGACUUGAUGCUCCACCUGGCGAGAAUUUACUUGUUCGUAUCAUCGAACGUUGUCUUUCUCCAACAACCAGGAGCAAAUGGCAGGAUAAACUCAAUAUGGAUGAAUUACCAAAGUUGGACGAUUUAUGCGGGUUCAUUCAAACGACCAUUUUUAAACUGCAGGCUCUGGACACCUCAGUUACCCCUAAUCACGUCAACAAUCCGAAAAAGAGACCUGGAGAAACUCCUACUCAAUCGUCGAAUAAAUUCGCGAAGAAGGCUUCUCAUGCCUUUGUUACGUCGUCCAAGUCUGAGGCAAUCUCCUCUCAAUCGACAUAUCUGACUUGUCCGGAGUGCAAUAAAGCUCAUCAACUUUUCAAGUGUCCGGCAUUCAGUGAACUCGGUGUUCAUGAUCGUUGA